GAUCGCGAGUUCGACGAUCUUCGUAUCAUUCGAUAUUCAGUGUUGUUGAUCCGUUUGGACGGCCGACAGUCGUAAAUUUCGCGAGAGAUGGAGAGAAAAUGCCGUCGCUUGAACGUCGUGUAAAUUUGAUCGUCGUCCAUCGUUUCAGCAAAGUAACUCACCGUUUGCGUUGAUUGUAAUAUGGCUACCGCACAGUUGAACAGAGCCAGGACUGUAAAGAAGCUUGAAAAACCACGGCCGCUUAAGCUUAGCCAACGCAACUCGACCGUCGAUGGGCGGAUCACGACUGAGGAUAUAGUAUCCUUAAUCGACAAUGUUGCGAUGCAACUUACCAAUGGCUUCCAUGAUCGAACGCUGCGAAUGAAUGUGAUCUCUAUGUGCAGUCAUCUGAAGCUUUAUGCCAAUCAAUUAGAAGCUAUUUACAAAGAUCAGCUAGACCGAGCUUUUGUGGCGAUAAGAAAUGGAAGCCAGGACGAUAGAUUAGAUCUGACGACCAGGGUUCAUCUGCUGGAACUCAUCGAACUGCGAGCAAAACAAUGGCGCCACACCGAUUCGAUGGACGUGUAUUACAUGCAAAAGUUGUCACAUCUAGACAAUCAGACCGAGGUAAUCCCUGAUACACCUACGAAUUCUCUGUCGUCUCCAUUAUUGGCGAUGACUUCAUCCACUUCAACGCCGAUUUUGGGACCCGGUGAAGUGAUCAAAAAUAGCGGAAAAUUCACAAAACCUACGCGCAUACCGGGAAAAAAUUAUUGCAAAGAUGAAGUUGUCAUUCGCAACAGCGACUCGGGAAAAGUGAUGGGAAUAAAAGGGCGUCGGGUUCACAUGAUAGAAGAGCUCAGCCAGACGAUCAUCUCCUUCCAGCGAGUAAACCCUGGGGCUAAAGAACGACUUGUCCAAAUCACGGGAACGUCCGAGGACAAGAUUCAUUACGCAAAGGAUUUAAUAAAAGAUACGAUACAACGAAAUGCAUCUCCAGUGAGAUUGGAACAGAGCUCUAGUGGCGAGAAGGGGGCCAUGGGUGGUUCCAACUCCUCGCUCAACAGUAGCGCAUCGGACGAGAGCAAUCGACUGCAACACAACACUCGUCUACGUUCGUCUCUGUUGCAUAGUUUUUCCACCAACGAUGCCAGUAUAGGCGAAUACAAAUACACUGUCACCGUUGGUAAUCAAUCCCUUAAAAUUACUGGCUGCAAUCUCGAUCUCGUCAGGACGGCGAAACUGGUAUUAGAUGAACACUUUUUGGGCGACUCCGAAAACUUUACCAGCGGGAUAGAAUACUUCAAUUAUGAAGAUGAACCCAACUUCUCUGUAACUACCAUCUCCUCCAGUAUUCCCCGUUGUACACCGUUGUUGCCGUUGGACGACGUAAACGUUUCUUCUUCUUUAAAUCGAGAGUUAAGCUUGGACAGUGCCGCAACUUCUUCAGAAAGUGAAGAAACUUACAAAUCUCGUCCAAUCUAUGAAGAACGAUACUCCAAGACUCAACAAGUUCCAGAAGCAAGAGAACUUACGUACGAGUUUCUGUUACUGUGCGCGACGGGCCCAUAUGCGAAGCGACCUCCCGCCGAUUGGGCGCGCAUACAGAAGGAAUGUCCUAAUAUAGUUCGUAAGGCACCGAUUCGCUGGUUCGAACCGGAGGCAUACAAAGCCAAGUUAGCAGCUGCUGGUUCUGUUGCAAUAUUGCCGAUUAACGAAGCGGAAACCGAUCCCGAGUAGAAUUGUCAAAUUAUUUUUUUUCCCAUACUCUUUUCCAUCUUGGUAACAAAUUUUCAAAAAAUAACUUGAUUGUGUCAGUCGUAACAAGAUUACGACGCCGUUUUAUUCUUAUGCGUCGAUUUGUUUUUAUAAAAACAGAAGCUAUUUCUUCAUAAAUAUAUAUAUACAUAUAUAUAUAUAUAUAUAUAUAUAUAUAUAUAUAUAUAUAUAUAACAAUUUUGUUAUUAAUCCUUCUAAUGAUGUCAAAAAAUAUUUUUGCAAGCAUUUAGAUGUAAAUUGUGAUAUCUAAAUGCAAACAAUUGAAUAUACGCUUUAUACGAUUGAUACACUAGUCAUUAUAGAGUGAAAAAUAUUCUAUUUAUUGAAUGAAAAAUUAUUUAUGAGAUUACUUUGCUUUGCCUUUUUGUUGUGGAUAUAUACAUCGUACAUUAUUCGAACGAUAUCGAUUCCAAUAGUGUAAUGUAAAUCAUAUGUGUGUGAGCAAAGUUUACCUAAAUUUCAAAACUCAAAAGUAAAAUAUGAUGUAAAAAACGGGACUAAUAUUUGUAGAAGCUACAAGUUGAAAGACAGCUAUUAAUUUUCGUACGCGUAGAUACGAUAAAAUUUUAGUAUUGUUAGACUGAAGAAUUAGAAUUGUACAUUCAAUGGAGAAUAUCCUUCAUAAAUAAGAUUACAAUGAUUUACAAUGA